CCUGGAGACGCGCAGUGCAGGACUGCAGAGGACUGCAGAGGACUGCUGGGUCUCUGACCACCUGAAGACCCGCAGGACAGAGCUGCUCCGUGGGCUGUGGAGGCUGCAGGAAUGGCGUUGCUUUCACUCGGAGGACGUUUGUUUAAACGCGGAGCCGACAUCCGCAGCGCACUGACCGCGUCUCAGCCGUUCUGCUCUUCAGUGGCCUCCGGCAGGCAGCGUGUCAAUGGCGUGGAUCUGUACUACGAGCAGACCGGCAGAGGGAACCACGCUGUGCUGUUGUUUCCUGGUGCUCUGGGAAGCACUCGGACUGAUUUUGGACCUCAGCUGAAGUCUCUGAAUAAGGAACGCUUCACUGUAGUCGGCUGGGACCCCCGAGGUUAUGGACAGUCUCGCCCCCCAGACAGAGACUUCCCCAUUGACUUCUUUGAGAGGGAUGCAAAGGACGCAGUGGAUCUGAUGAAGGCUUUGGGCUUUGGCAAGUUCUCUCUGUUGGGGUGGAGUGACGGAGGAAUCACAGCUCUGAUUGCGGCAGCGAAGAACCCCGACCUGAUCAACAAGAUGGUUGUAUGGGGAUCCAAUGCCUUCGUCUCCCAGCACGACCUCGAGCUUUACGAUGCGGUCCGUGAUGUCUCCAAGUGGAGUGCGAGGAUGAGGCAGCCCAUGGAGGAGGUGUAUGGAGCAGAAGUGUUUGCUAAAACCUGGGAGGCCUGGGUGGACGGGAUCGCACAGUUCGCAAAGAGACCAGAAGGGAGUAUCUGCAUGGAGCUUCUGCCCUUAAUCAGCUGUCCAACCUUCAUCAUCCAUGGACAAAAAGACCCCAUGGUGCCCAGCUUACACCCACAGUACCUCCUCAAAAACAUCACGGGAUCACGAUUACACGUGAUGCCGGAGGGUAAACACAAUCUCCACCUGAGGUAUGCUGAAGAAUUCAACAAACUGGUGGAAGAUUUUCUGGAAGAUUGAGCAAAUAACAAUAAAAAUACACUAAGAGAUUAUUUUUUGUUGAUUAUUUAGCUUCUAUUCUCUUUUCAUGAAAUAAUUGUUACAUACUGUAUUUACAUAAAAAUGUAAUUUUUUGUAAUUAAAUUUUAAUGAAGCAAAUGGAUGACUUAGUUCCCAUAUUAUGUAACUCAGUAACAUUUGUUACUAACUUUAGUUAUCAACGUUACAUGAUUAAUUUUAAUGAUUACACAUUUAAGAUUAUUUAUUAUACCAUUGAUUACAUUGCAAAUCAGCUUAGGCUAUAAAUGUGGUGUGUGGCAUUUAUCUGUGCUACAUAUUUGUUACUAUACAAAUAAUACAAAACAAUAAAAAUAAUAAAUGAAUGUAUACCCCCUUAUUAAAGGACUGGGUACCUAAUUAGAAAGUGCUUCGUAAAUACUUUACACAAUGAUUUAUAUGUAUGGUGAAUUCAGGGUGAUUGGGACAGUAUAAAUAAAUAUGCAGGAUUCAUUUUCUCGCCUGAUGAGUGGAAAUAAAAACUACCACAUAAUCCAAAUUUCACUGGUGUGACAUCACUUAAGUAGGCGGUGCAAUCAUCAAACAGGAAGUUGACCCUGAAAUGCACCAUGUGAGGAAAAUGGCAUAAACUUCAGCUAGUUUUCAUCAUCAGGUCAUAAAACUGUCCAAUGUAUUGCACAAACUUUUGAUGG